AUGUCCAAAUUCGACCAUCAUUCACCUGGUGAUCCACUGCCAGAAGAGGAUUACGAGCUACAACCUUCUUCGCAAUCAUCCGACCCACUGUUACCCUCCUACGAUGAGCACAAACCUCAUUUCCCUUCCCCUCACCAGAGACUGGUCAUGAAUCGUCGCCAGUCUAGCUUCAAGAAGAUCCUCACCUGUACAUGCCUCUCUUUGAUCAUAGCACUGCCCUCUUUAGCUCUUGUAGGGUGUUAUUUUGGCAGGGAUGGGUUAGAUAGGGUUAGAUCCUGGGAACAGCUACCCCCGGAUAUGAAGGAUUGGUUGGAUGAGGUAUUGCCUGCGAAUGUUAAAGUGGAUCACGGUGCUUUCCCCACAGAUAUUGGCUAUGCUGGACCUACCCCAACUGGAUCGGAAGCUGCCCUUCUGGUCACCGCGCCUGCACUCCCUGCAUACACCAAUAUCAACCCUUUACUUGCUCCCACCGCCAAGGUCAAGGACGACUUCAACAUCGUUCAACACUGGGGUAAUCUCUGUCCGUAUUAUUCGGUAUCCAGUCAUGGUCUGCCCGAAACCAGUAGCUUAGUCCCGGAACAGUGUGAGAUCGAGCAGCUACAUUGGCUUCAGAGGCAUGGAGCCAGGUAUCCUACCUCAUAUCCGGAAGGACCAUCUGCGUUCGCUUCUCGCAUCACCACCGCUAGAUCCAAUUGGCGUGCAAAGGGGGCUCUCAAGUUCUUGAAUGAUUGGAAUUAUCUGCUGGGCUCAGAGGUACUCACCCCAUUCGGUCGGUCUCAGCUAUUCAACCUUGGUGUAUCCGCUAGAAUCAAAUAUGGUCACUUGUUGAACAAGAUGAAAGGGAGACUGCCCGUGUUCAGGACCGAGAGUCAAGAUCGUAUGCUCAAAUCGGCGCAGAACUUCGCUGCUGGCUUCUUUGGGAUACCCGCUGAGGAUCAAUACAACCUGGAAGUUACCAUUGAAGCUCCUGGAUUUAACAAUACCAUGGCUCCUUGGAAUACCUGUCGUGCCCUCGGAGUCGACCUCAAGACCAAGCUUGCCGAGUGGGAUGCUGUAUUCUUGAAAGAUGCUCAGAAAAGGCUACAAGACAUGAUAGAGGGGUAUGAGAUAACUAUCAAGGAUGCCAAGGAUAUGAUGGAGACAUGUGCAUAUGAGACUGUCGCGCUAGGCUACUCCUCUUUCUGCGACCUGUUCACCCAAAAAGAAUGGAAAGGGUUUGAAUAUAGAAAUGAUCUGUAUUGGUGGUACUCUUCGUCUUUCGGAUAUGCUCCUGCCAAAGCACAAGGUGUAGGAUGGGUACAAGAAUUGGUCUCGAGGCUUACCAAAACUCGAAUAACUGAAUUCAACUCCACUCUCAACUCCACAUUCCAUAACGAUGUUCAGUUCCCUCUGAAUGACCCUAUUUAUGUUGACUUUUGCCAUGAUACCCAAUUUGCCCUCUUGUUGCCCACGAUGAACCUUACCACCUUCGCCGAGACCGGUGAAUUGCCCACUGACCAUAUACCCAAGCACCGAUCCUUCAUUGCAUCCAAAAUAAUGCCCUUUGCUACCAACCUCCAGAUCCAAGUACUCACCUGCUCCGGCACCAAGAAGGUCCGGUUGGUCCUCAACGACGGCGUGGUCCCUCUGACAGGUAUCAAAGGGUGUCCGGAAGACGAUGAUGGCUUAUGUCCGCUCGACGACUUCGUAGCAUCAAUGCAGGAAUUGAUCGCUGGUAUCGAUUUCGCCAAGGAAUGUCGCUAUGACAAGGGUCAAGAUCAGAUCACAAGCGAUAAAAAGGUAUCUGAGGUCGGGGAAAUCAACCAGGACACCGCGGACGUCGUUGUACCUGAGCAAGGAGAGGAGAUCGUGCAAGAGAAGACGGAAGUGGAAAAUGAGGAGGAUGAGAAGGAUAAGGAUGAGGAGGAUAGCGAUAGUGAUUCGGAUAGUGAUGAUGAUGAUUAA